GCAAAAACUCUUCCCGAUCGCUUUUGGUUUUACGUUUUCGUGUUCGAUUGACGCCAUCCUUGACUUUUCGUGAAUUUGUUUCGUGAAAAUCCAGUGAAAAACAGUGCCAGAACCGUUUGAUUGAUGCAGAAAUCGGUCUCCCUGUUCCAUUAUCUUCAGUUAUUUUUGUUUUUGCUUCAAUUGGUGCCGCACUAAGCGCAAUGAUGCAAUCAAUUUUGUUAGUUGGACAUCGGGAUAGAAGCAGCCAUCUGCAGCAGCGCAAUCAAUAAUUGCCUCAUUUCCGCACAGGAACUAAAGUUUUUUCAUUCAUUUUAUAUUCAAACAAUGGAACACAGCUAUUCUCGAGACUUCCUUCGUCCCCCAAUGGAGAACAGCCAAACGGCCACGACGAGGGCCCUGAUGGUGCAUCGGCCUCCGCAGUGCCCUUCCUGCCACACCCACAGCCAUGACGAGCGUAUCGACCUGGAGGAAUCGUACAAUCCGCCGAUUCCGUCCUAUAACGAGGAAAGCGCCAAGAUUGCGAUGAUGGAGAGCGAAAAUGUGACCAAACAUGUGCGCAACCUUAACUUCGAGGAGCUGGAUUGGGAGGAGAAGAUCAACAAACCUGGUUGGUCCGUCCAGCAGAUUCGAUUGUUCAGUAAAAUAACCAAGUUGUUGGACAUGGAUAGAUUGGCCCGGUUGACCAUCGCCGACAAACAGCACGAACCGGUCCACCGUCGAAUGGUCAUCGACAAAUCCGUUGGGCGUCUUCGACAAGCUCUGGCCAGCGUGUCAUGGGAGCCUCGGCUGACCCAGUGGAUUCACGGAUUGCUGAUGGAGAGCUUACCCCCGAGUUAUCUGGCCGCCUAUCUCGACAUUUUGCAGACCUUGAAGGCAAAGCUACCCAAUCUGGUGGACAAAAUGAUCUUUGGAAGAACGCUAAACAUCAGCCAAGAACUGCUCGGACCGGUACUCAAGAAGCCUUGGGAGCCAAUAGUGGCGCACAAGAACAGAAAACUUCCUGGUCAACCAUAUAUUGUGGUUGUUCCAUCCGGACCGAACAUGACUUCACCCAGUACCCGGCUGCAAAAGUGGUUUUCGCUGUUCGCCACGAUGGCUUCCGUCAUUCCGAUCACCAUGCCUUCACAAGGGAACGCCGUGAUGAAACAGUCAAUCCAGAACGUUUCGGAGCAAAUGGUCGCAGUGACGAGGGCCAAGAUCCAAGAAGUCCGCCAGGAAGCGCCCAAUCGGCCAAUCAUUCUGGUGGGAUUCAAUGCGGGAGCAGCACUAGCUGUUCAAAUCGGUCUGGUCGAAGCGGUCAGCUGUAUUGUGUGCUUGGGAUUCGCCUACAAUACAGUGAAUGGGCCUAGAGGCGCACCGGAUGAUCACAUCACGGACAUUACGGCGCCUGUGCUGUUCGUUAUCGGUCAGAUGUCGGCGAGAUCGAGCCAAGAAGAAAUCGAACUGCUUCGUGAAAGGAUGAUCGCACAAACUUCGCUGGUGGUGGUCGGUUCCGCAGACGAUUGCUUGCGAGUGUGUAAAUCCAAGCGUAAGAUCGAGGGUGUAACCCAAUCCAUGGUGGACAACAUGGUCAUGGAUGAGGUGGCCGAAUUCGCCACCAACUGUCUGCUAAACCCCCCGAGACCUAAGCAAACCAUCAAAGACCCCAACGGACAAAAAUCCAACCUAUUGUUGUCCAACAAUAGCAGCAACUUGGCGGCCACCGGAGGACCCCCUCCGAUUCCGGUUGGUACAACUGGCGCGACUCCUACUCAUCCACCUCCUCCAAUGCCCGGUGCGUACAAUCGUAAACGCAAAAUGAGCCCAUCUGCAGACGCCAACGAUCCGUCGAAAGCAGCCCGACCCAACAGACCGCCGCCGCCACCACCACAGGCGGUUCAGAGAAAACCUACCAAGUCUCAGAAACAAUCGCGAGCGGAGAAGAUGCUUCUGCAACAGAAUCAACAGGCACUGGAUGCGGCCAUUCAGAGCAUUCUUCCGUCAACGGGCAAGCCAUCUCCUGUGCCCAUCGUAAGCAAACCACAGCCACAGAUGACAAACUAUCAGAUUACCAGUGGCAAUAAUCUGGAAAUUCGCCAUUCGUCUGGAUCUCAAGUGGUAUCCGGUGUGGGCAGCUCUCCUAUUGUAUUGCCCAUGAUAAAACGAGAUACCACAAACCAACCACUAUCGACAAUUCAGUCUGCUACGCCUUCGACACCUUCUACCCCCGACAUUAAGGUGAUACCGGCGAAUCAGUUCAUUCAACUGAAACCUUCGGGAUCGACGCAGAAGUUCGUCACUCUCAAAUCAUCGCCAAAACCAGUCGUGUCGGUAAUUCCAAAGCAACCCAUUUCGUCAACUCCCAGUCCUUUGGCGAAGCAAACGAUGGUACAAUCACCAAUCCUUCCCCAACAUCAGUCCUUCAGUCCUACCAAAUUCACUAUUGUUCGCACGUCCACUGGUCUUUCAGGACAUUCUACACCCUCAUCAACUUCCCCUAUAAAAACCAUGAGGUCCCCUCCAACUCCAGACCUUUCAAACACAAGCAUCUUCGAUAUGCCCAUCGUAUUUGCCGAUAGUGAUGGCAACAUCCCUGAGGGUUCUCCACAAAAACACAUCGACAUAACUUCAAAACCUCCCCCUAACAUUAUAACCAUCGGUCCUGCUGUAACCAGCCAUCCCAUGCUGAAAACGGAACCCAUGAACCGCAUCAUCACGCUCCAGCCCUCAAUGAAGCCCAACAAAGUGGUCGUCAUCAACAAGAGCAACAUGAAACAAGUCCCACCCAACGUCUUGUCUUCGGUGACCCUCAACAAAUCGACCUCGAUCACCCCGACCGGCGUAAAAUACGCCAAAGUGGUCAUCUCCAACCCACUGAACAAGGCGACUACUUCUACAGCUUCCGCUCCCACCAUAAUCCCCAAGAACCUCACUCAAGUCCUUUCCAACCAAAAAAUCGAAAUCCUCAACAACACGGUUGUGAAGCAAGCACCCAUGCCCUCCACAUCCCACCAGCAGCAGAAAUUCCAACCCGUCAUCAUCAACGUGGACCCCAGCAAAACAACCACGAUGAAGAACUUCGUGCGCGUAGGGGAAACCCAAAUCCGGCCAAUAGGCAGCAGCCCAUCCACCAUGACCAUCCCGACGAAGGUGGCCUCGCCGGCCACAGUCGUAGCUUCGAGUGGGUCCGGGCAAGCCGCCCAAUUGGCCCCCGGUAUCCCUGGGACGAACACCAUCCUGAUUAAGACGAACUCCCUGUCCCAGCUGGCCAGCCGGAAGCCGGCCAUUCUGAACCGCAACAUCACGGUUCGCAAGGUGAACAUUGUGCCACAGUCGCAGGCCGGUAGCGUUGCAAGCACCGUUGUGAUGUCCUCGGUACCCAACAAGACGACGACGUCGACCAUCAACGUGCAACAGCAACAGCAGCGCCACCAGCAGCAGUAAUCGAAGGCACCGUAGUUUUACUGUAUGAAAUUAAUCGAUUUCUAUUGGAAAUAAAUCACGUAGUAUAACUAGUUCGGUAAGUACACAAA